ACAGGAAACUAAAGCAACUAAAACUCCCUGUGAAGAUCCAAGCUCCUACCAUUGCUGUUGAAUUGGAGAAUUACAAAGUGCUAGCCACGGUCCCUCUCGCCGUCGCCCUCCCUGAUCCUUCUCGCUGUCGAGCUCCUCUGGUCCUUCGUUCUGGUUCUGUCUCACUCUCCUUCUCUCGUCUCACUCUCUGCCACAAGGAAGAAGACACAGAGAAGAAGGUGAAGGUGAUGCUAUCGAUGGAAGAUGAAGACUCAGAGGAGAUGGAGAUUGGUGACUUCAGUCCUUCGUUCUUACGCCAUCGCUGGUCCUUCACUCUAGAAAGGAGGAGAAUCACUCAGAAGCAGACGAAGAAAGAGGAGGACGAGGACGAUUGCGCUGUCAGCUCUGCGACCUGCGAAUCGGAGUGGAAGAGAGAGAUCGGAAGGAAUCGAUUGCCGAUGGAGGAGCGCCGAUAUGCGGUGUUGGUGUGCGCGGAGGAAUCAGAGUAUGUGAGGAAGAGGUACGGUGGGUAUUAUGGAGUAUUUGUGAGAAUGCUGGCCGAGGAAGGGGAGAGGUGGGACGUGUACAGGGUGGCGCGUGGGGAGUACCCGCCGGAUGAGAAGGUGGAGCUGUACGACGGAUUUAUGAUCACCGGAAGUUGCAAUGACGCACAUGGGAACGAUGCCUGGGUGAGAGAGCUGCUGACAUUCCUUAAGAAAUUGGAUUCUAUGAGGAAGAAAGUUCUGGGCGUUUGCUUCGACCACCAGGAAGCUUAUGCGGCUGAGGCUGCGGCGAGUCUGGCUUUGAGGGAGCCGGAUAAGGAGGCAUGGAGAAGACUGUGCAUCAGCUUUCUCAAGGGUAGGUUAUGA